AUGUCAAGAGAACGAUCAACAUCUUUUGAUAUUCACAGUGGAAAAACAAAGUCGAAUGUUUUUCAAAUAAGUGUUAUAUCACAAAUAAGUACAGACAAUAAUGUACCAAGUAAUACAGAAACAAAUUUCGAUGAUAAUGAAAGAUUAAUACCACUAAAUAAAACAGAUCUUCAUCGAAAUUUAAAAAAAAGACAUAUGAUUAUGAUUGCAUUAGGUGGAGCAAUUGGUACUGGAUUAUUUUUAGCUUCUGGUCAAGCAUUAGCAUCAGCAGGACCUGGUGGUUCUCUUAUUUCUUAUGUUAUUGUUUCAAUUAUGGUUUAUUUUGUUAUGACAAGUUUAGCUGAACUUGCAACACAAUAUCCAAUAAGUGGUUCAUUUAAUACAUUUGGAAGUCGUUUUGUCGAUGAAGCAUUUGGUUUUGCAUUAGGUUAUAAUUAUUAUCUUACUUGGGUUACAGCAAUUGCGGGAGAGCUAGUAGCGGCUGGAAUUAUUGUACAAUAUUGGGUACCACAUUUUCCAAGUAUUGUUUGGUCUCUAUUAGGAAUGCUAAUAAUGUUUCUAUUAAAUGCAUUUACAGUAAGAAGUUAUGGUGAAGCUGAAUAUUGGUUUGCUAUGAUUAAAGUUCUUACUAUUAUUGUAUUUAUAAUAGUUGGUAUAUUAGUUGAUACAGGUGUGCUUGGACAUGAUAGAAUAGGAUUUCGUAAUUGGAAAAUUGAUGGUGCACCUUUUUAUAAAGGUUUUGGUGGAAUUGUCACUACUUCGAUUAUUUCAGGUUUUUCAUUUGGAGGUACCGAAGCAAUUGGUAUAACAGCUGGUGAAAGUGCAAAUCCUCGUCGUGAUGUUCCACGUGCAAUGAAUGGAACAAUUUGGCGUAUUAUUUUAUUUUUUGUUGGAUCAAUUGUUAUAAUGGGUCUUAUUAUUCCAUAUAAUGAUUCUAGAUUAGGUCACAAUGAUGUUCAAAAUGUAGCAGUAUCACCAUUUACACUUGUUUUUCUUGCAUCAGGUAUUAAACCAGCUGUACAUAUUAUGAAUGCCAUUAUAUUAACAACAAUAUUAUCAGCUGGAAAUUCAGGUCUUUAUGUAUGUACACGUAUAUUAUAUGCUUUAGCUAAUGAAGGAAAAGCUCCAAAGCAAUUUAAAUAUGUCACUCGACAUGGUAUUCCAAUAUGGUGUCUUUUAUGUACAGUAUUUAUCGCAACAAUAUUAUUUGGUUUAUCAUUUAUUGGUAAUAAAAUAAUUUAUCGAUGGUUAGUUAAUAUAACAGGUGUUAUGGGAUUUAUAGCUUGGUUUGGAAUAUCAAUAGCUCAUUGGAGAUUUCGUCAAGCAUAUAUUUUACAAGGUUAUUCAUUAAAUGAUCUUGUUUAUAAAGCAUUAUUUUUUCCAGUUGGACCAAUACUAGCAUCAUUAUUUAUAAUUAUAUUUGUUUUCGGACAAGGUUAUUCAGCAUUUACAACACAUCCAUUUAGUUUUAGUAAUUUCUUGGCAGCUUAUAUAACAAUACCUGUUUUUUUAACUGUUUAUUUAGUUUAUAAAUUUGUUAAAAAGACACGUAUUAUACCUUUGAAAGAAAUUGAUCUUGUAACUGAUAGCAUUAUGUUUCAUCAAACAGAACAAAUAUCUAAUAUUUAA